UGUCUCUUUGCCAGUGUCAUGGUUUUUGUGUUCAUCUUUGUUUUUGUUUGCAUAUUAGCGUGGAUCAUACUUCAGUGAUCCGCCUAUGCGAAAGUUCUGCAGUCUAGGAGGAAGGGAUUGUCAUACUUUUCUUAAGUCAUGAUGAAGUCAGAUAUGAAUAACCCGAAUCGAGAACACUGAUCAACAUGCUGCUGCGCAGCGACUGCGCUUUACUGCUAUUCUUCCUGCACUGUUCCUCGGUUAAUCUUGGAAAUGGUCAGACUCUGUUAUUGGCUUUGCGGAAGGAAAUUCAAGUUAUUGAAGCGAGCGGUGGUCGCAAAGGAAAUGUCACGAGCCGAUCGUUGAUAUCGGUUAACCUGGAUGAUACCAUAUCCGUUGAUUUCCACUUCCGCCGAAAUCUAGUUUGUUGGGGUGAUCGUCAUUCUGCCCUGAUUGAUUGCGCAAAAGUUGAACCCCGUCCUUCAUCGACAGGUUGGGCUGCCCAAGAUAUACAUCCUGUCGCUCGAAAGAAAGCAUCUCCGGAUGGCAUCGCAAUCGAUUGGGUUAACGACAAAAUCUAUUGGACUGACGUUGGGGUUGACGCAAUUGAAGUUUGCAAUCUGGACGGCUCGAAGCAGCGAAGGCUGUACUGGAAAAAUAUUCAAGACCCUCGAGCUAUCGCUCUUGUUCCAAGUGAAGGUUUAUUGUUCUGGACAGAAUGGACAGAGAAGGCAAAGGUUGAAAGAGCUGGUAUGCACGGAGAUGAAGCAUCGAGAUACGUCUUGGAAGACGAACGAAUAUUCUGGCCCAACGCCUUGACUAUUGAUUAUGCUGGCCGCAAGGUUUACUGGGCGGAUGCUGAGUUGAAAUUCAUAGCUUCCAUGGAUUAUGAUGGAACAAAUAAGCGCUACUUCGGCGAAAACCUGCUCAGUCAUCCAUUCGCAAUUUCAUUCCAUCGCGGCAAACUUUUUUGGAGCGACUGGAACCCGGGCACGAUUGACACCUGUGAGGUUGCCGCGAAUUGCAGCAGGAUCCGCAAAAUAUUGAAUCGUCGAGACCCUAUGGACGUGCAAGUUUGGGACAUCGAAAGACAACCUGUAAAUUUUUCUCCGUGUUCCAAUAACAACGGAGGAUGUUCAGACCUGUGUCUUGCUGCGCCAAAGCCACAGCAAUAUGCCUGUGUUUGUCCCACGGGUAUUCGGCAACUGAGCGAAAAAACAUGUGACCAAAGCUACUCAAAAUUCCUUUUGUUGGCUCGACGUUCGGAAAUUCGGAUGAUAUCUUUUGAUACCACGGAUCGCAUGUCAGUGAAUAUCCCCUUGACUGACGUGACUGCGGCAAAUAUUGUUGAGUUCGAUCCUGUGGAAAAACGUAUUUAUUGGAUUGAGGAAAAGGAGCGGGCGAUACGAAGUUGUUCGAUGGAUGGGACCGAUGAGAAAUUCAUCACUUCAAGUAGUUUGGAUAGACCUGAAGAUCUCGCUAUUGACUGGGUUAGUCGGAAUCUAUACUGGACUGAUGGAGGAACGAAGAAAAUCGUGGUUUCGAAGUUAGAUGGCUCCUCAUAUCUAGACAUUGUUGAAAACUUGCGAGAUCCAAAGGCAAUUGCAGUAGACGUCAUGUCCGGGAUCAUGUUCUGGACGGACUGGGGGGAUAAACCUUCUAUCGAGAAAGCAAGGAUGACUGGAGCGGAGAGAACUAUACUAGCUAACAAAGAUCUAAUCUUACCUCGAGGAAUCGUUGUUGAUCCGUCGAAAUCACGCAUAUUUUGGGUUGAUUCGAAGCUGAAGUACAUUGAGAGUAUGUCUUACGAUGGAAGCGGAAGAAAAAUAAUCAUGGCGGAAUUAAAUCUGCCGUUCGCAGCCACCAUACUUGAAGAUAAACUCUAUUGGACGGAUUGGAUUUUGAGGAGUGUGGAUGGUAUUGAUAAAGAUACUGGAGAGAAUCGAGCGUUAGUUCUCAACCUUCCCGAUAUUAUGGGUAUCAAAGGUAAGGAAACACAUAUUCCUGCCUUUCACUCGCAUUUCCUGCGUCACUUACGCAACUUUACUUCCUUUUUAGCGGUGAACAUGGACGAAUAUCGAAUAAUGAAACCGCGGGCAAAGGAGUCAUCAAAAUGUGCUGUCAAAAACGGGGGGUGCUCACAUUUAUGCUUGAAUAACGGAUUGGAUGCGCCUCUUGUUUGCAAAUGUCCGAAGGGCUGGUCGUUCAUUUCUGGAAUUUGCAAACCCCCUCCGGCUUUCCUGAUUUAUUCCUGCCGUUAUGAUAUCCAAACCAUUUCGCUGGAAACGUUCAAGCACGGAAAUUUACCCCUGAGUGGGAUUGAAGACGCUGGAUCGCUUGAUUAUCUCUACGAAGAACAACGAAUUUUCUGGGCCGAUACGAAAAUAGGAGCGAUUUCUCGAGGCUUUUUAAAUGGCUCCGGAGUGGAACAAAUCGUACAAGUCGGAGUGAAAUAUUUAGAAGGAAUGGCGGUUGACUGGAUAUCACGAAACAUAUAUUGGGCUGAUUUGGGCAGUCAUCGUAUCGAAAUGGCUCAACUCGAUGGGAAAUCGAGAAAGGUUUUGAUUUGGAAGGACAUUGAAUCGCCGCGUUCCCUGGCCGUAAAUCCUUUGCAUGGUUAUCUGUAUUGGAGCGAGUGGAGUGAACAUAAACCGCGCAUUGAGCGAACUACGUUGGAUGGUACCAAGCGAACGACUCUGAUUGAUGACGUGGGCCGAUCAAACGGGCUCACGAUAAGUUAUGACGAGCAGAGAUUGUACUGGAUGGAUGUUGACGGGAAACGAAUUGAAAGUGCUGACCUCGAUGGACGAAACAGACGAACUCUUAUAACUGAUGGGCUUCGUCAGCCCUUUGGAAUGACGCAGUUCGGUGAUUUUGUCUAUUGGACGGACAUUGAAAAAGACUCUGUGGAAAAGGCUUCUAAAGACGGGCAAAUACGGACGACUGUGGGAGCAAAUUUAACGUAUCCAAUGGACAUACUAGUGUAUCACGAAUCUCGACAGCGUGGGACCAACGCUUGUGCAUUUGGAAAUGGCGAUUGUUCUCAUUUAUGCGUGCCUAAACCGCGAUCCAGUUUGCACCUGAAAGACGAGCCGAUGGACAGAAUUUGUGCGUGUCCCACGCACUACGCAUUGACGCAAGCUGGUGGCACCACUUGCGUGGGGCCUACUAGUUUCGUGCUGUUCAGCCAAAAAGAUCGGAUCAGCAGGGUUGUGAUGGAUACUGACGAUUGUCCGGAUAUUGUUUUGCCGAUUCGAGAUUUGAAACAAGUUCAAGCUAUUGCCUACGAUCAGCGAAACGAGCUCAUUUAUUGGAUUGACGGAAAGUCUCAUUCGAUUCGCUUUUCUCCGGAAAAUGGGACGCAUGGGAAACUUUUCGUUGGGACAAAUGGAAACGAGUUAUACCAUCCCUAUGAUCUGGUUUAUGAACCUGUGACGGAUUUGGUGUUCUGGAGUUGUGCGAAACGUGACGUUAUCAACGUGACGAGAGCGGUUGAUGGAAAGCCAAUUGGCGUUAUUGUUGGAGAUGGGAAGGAUUCUGCGCAGAAACCGCGCUCCCUCGGUGUUCAUUCCAUCAAAGGGUACGCAAUUUUGUCAGUGGAUUUUCUCUUCGAAGCGAAAUUUCAUCCUGAGUUUGAAGGUCGCUUCAUUGCAAUUUAUGGAAAUUUCGAUGAUUUGUCGUAUACAAAUCAGCGUGCUCAGAACACGUUUGAGAAAAUUUUUAUUCCGAUGCACGGCACGUUCCAGAGCAUUGACCUAGGAAGGGUUUUGCAAUGCAGUAAUUAUUAUUCCGUUGCUUCUUCUUAUGUGACACCAUGUAGUCUGUUGUUCUGGACGGAUUUGGCUGGCCCAGUGUACAUUCGGAGAAGCAACUUUGAUGGCUCGAAUGGUUCUAUCGUCAUCAAAGAAAAUUUGGUGCAGCCGACUGCUAUUGCAGUUGACCACCGAGAGGAUUUGAUUUUUUGGGCCGAUCGAGAACACAGAAAGAUUGAGAAGGCGACGAUUGACGGACAUUCGAGGGAGACAUUGAUCGAGCAUGGGAUAUAUUCCCCGAUCUCGCUGACGGUUCUCGGUAACUUCCUCUACUGGGUUGACUUUGACGAUCAAACACUUGAACGAGCGCCAAAGGCGCGGAGUGGCGAAGGUGUUGCCGUAUUGAGUAGACUGGCCGAAUUGACUGACAUUGUGAGCGUAGAUAUUCUCCCACCGAAACUGUUGGAAGCCAGUCCGUGUCGUUCGGGCCGGAAUCGAUGCUCACACUUGUGUUUGGUGGACUUCGGCACAGUUACUGAUUUCGUGAGGGGGACGGAUGGGGUAGCAAGGGGACGACCCAUGUUGACACCGAGAUGUGCAUGUCCUAGAGGACUGAUGUUGGACUCCGAUGGUAUCACAUGCGUCGGAAUUGUACCUUGCCGAGCAGAUUAUUUUGCUUGCGGAAGCGGCGACUGUGUUCUUCAGGCGAAAAGGUGUGAUGGAAAGCAUGAUUGCCCGGACGGAAGUGAUGAAGUCAACUGCCCAGCUUGUGCUGAUAACUUCUUCCGAUGCGAUGACGGAACUUGCAUGGGCAUCAGCAUGGUUUGUGAUCGCAUUCGUCACUGUGUGGACGGGAGUGACGAGACGCCGUCAGCCUGCAGUUCAAUCAGCCUGAGCGCUGGUGGAGCCUCCGCCGCAUCGCCAGCUGCAGCUGCCAUUCCGCCAGCGCCUGCGCCAAGCAACGCUGUGACCUUGGCGAUUGUUAUCUUUGCGUGCCUUCUUGUGUUCUUCGGUGUCCUAGCUGUAGCCUAUUUCUGGCGCACGAAUCGGUCCCAGUUGGACACAACCUCGGUCCGAGCCGACGUCGGCAAUGGCCACAUGACGGGCUUCGACAUGCGCAGCCGUGGAACCGGCAGAAGUCAAUCGAGUCUUAACUCCUGCAUGACUUACGCCGCGCUAUUGCAAAGUAGUAACAACGGCAAUUGCGUUCAAGUCCCGACACCCGCAGUAGCGUCUUCGUAUGAUCGGAACCGCGUGACGGGCGCGUCGUCGUCUUCGAGCAGUGGGGCAGUGGCACCCUCUGGCCCACCACCGUCGCCUGCUAGUGCCGUCAAGCUUUCGUAUGGGUCGCCGAGUUCGCCGCGUAUGCGGGUCCGUAGGGGACCACCGCCACCACCAACGACUCCGUGUACGACGGAUGCUUGCGACGAAAGUGACUGCGCGGUUGGCAAGUAUUUUGAGUUGGAUCCACCGCCGCCGACGCCUGCAUUGUGGCAUACUUUGUCUGACGUGUCGGACUGUCCACCGUCUCCGGCGACUGAGCGGUCAUAUUUCAAUCCUCAGCCUCCGCCGCCGUCGCCCGAACCCACAUCGCUGCACCCGUUUUUGCCCGACUCGUGAUUUAUCGUGUGUUCCACAUUGUGUUGGUAAUUUUGUUUUCCACUUAUGUUUGUGAACCUCAGCACGGAAAAAUGCUCGUGUUUGCACGUCAGUAUUGCAGCAAAUUGUUGCCGAAUAGUUUUGCACAAUUUAAGAGCUGGUUAUUUUCCAAGUGUUCUGAAUCAAUUCGCGCAUGCCGUUCAUUUUCGAAAAAUAUUUGCUCAUUGGAUUUCGGCAAUGUUCUAGCUUUUUCGUACUAAAAAGGGUAGUCUUCAAGUCACGUUCGAUUGGUAUAUGUUACGAACUUUUCAAAUCUACUGGUGCAGAUGGAUUUCACAUUUGGUACAGGUCUUCCGAUUUUUGUUUCUUAUUUUCACGAAGUGCCUCGAGGAUAUGUUCAUGUUUUUUUUUGGAACUUUUGGUACUGUACAUCGUUUUUAGAUGAAGGUUGUAGAUAACUCGAAAUUUCGAAAUUCAGGAUAUUUUAGCUGUGUUCUACGUUUGUUUCGUAAAAUGUUUGCAUUGCUGUUUGGUCGUCGCACUUUUUUCUGUUGAUACAUUGCUGUUUCAGUGUAUUUCGGGUGAUCCCACGAUGUAGAACGAUUGCGGUUUGGUUUGGCCAGUGUAAAAUGUUUCAGGAAACAAUGUUCCCGAAAUUCUUGAUAUUCUGCUUUGACUGACUCAAUCUUGCUUCUUGAUGCAUGGUUUCCGUUGAAAAAGGAGAAGUCGGUCUUCCGGGGUGCUCGGCCUCCCUUCGAUGCGUUUUGAUUGAUUCGUCGAACAAAAUUCUAUUUUGUAGCACUCAAAUCGGAUUUGGAAAACAGGAUGCUUGUUUUCCUGUGUAAAUUUCUCUCUGGAUCUGAUAACACAGCUUCUGAGCUGACGCCAUUUCUCUGUGAUGUACGGAAUGUCAAGAUGCGUUCUUGUUUUUCCAGCGGCAAAUUCUCGCGUGAGUGCCUUCCACGAAGGAAAAUCAAUUCCUUCAUCAUCCACAGUUAGAAAAUUUGCUUUACUUCGUUGCCUCUCGUUCGAUGGAAUGCGAAUCCGCCCACUUUUUUGGCAUUUGACUGAAGUAUUUUUGAGGAAGAUAUCAUCAUGCCUUGUUAUUGUUCGUCAAUGGGGAAACGUCACAACGUCGCUUCUUUUUUUGCAUUCGUGCGAGGAGUUGAGUUUGGUGCUCGAAACAUGUUUAUGUGCAUUCUUUCGGGGAACUUUUCCGAGCCGCUGUAAAUAUUGUUCGUCUCUUGGGCAUUGAAAUUUGUUCAGUUGUAUUUAUUUUGGAUGGAGUUCCGUUGUUUGAACUGAAGUGCUUCAAGUGUGGCAUACAGUUUUUGAUCACGUUUGUUUCAAUA